GAAUUUUUCACAAGCCUGUGAAGUAUGGGAAGAUGUAYUGCUUGAUCAUCCCACUGAUAUGUUGGCUCUCAAAUUCGCCCAUGAUUCUUACUUCUACAUGGGAGCCCAGGUACCCAUGAGGGACUCCGUGGCCAGAGUGCUUCCUCACUGGAAACCUCACACGCCUCUGUUCAGCUAUUUGAAAGGACAAUACUCCUUUGGCCUCCUUGAAACUCGCUUCUACGAUCAGGCUUUAAAAGUUGCAAUGGAGGGCCUCGCCUUGACUCCAGAUGAUGCGUGGUCCGUCCACUCUGUAGCUCAUGUUUAUGAGAUGAGAGCAGAAGUGGACAACGGUUUGAAGUUUAUGGAGAGCAGAGAGAAAGACUGGCAGGUAUCUGACAUUCUGGCCAGUCACAACUAUUGGCACUGGGCUCUGUACUUCAUUGAGAGGGGACAGUACGAAGCCGCUCUGGAAAUUUACGACUCUCAGGUAUUUAAACGGUGUAAAGCCUCAGGAUCCAUGUUGGACAUUGUGGAUUCCUGUUCAAUGCUCUACAGAUUGGAAAUGGAAGGUGUGUGCGUGAAGGAGCGUUGGCGGGAGCUGCUGCAGGUGACCCAGCCUCACACCGACGACCACGUGACCUUGUUCAAUGACCUCCACUUCCUCAUGGUGUCACUGGGAGCAGACGAGUUGGGGACGUCUCAGCGUCUGCUGGAGGGCCUCCAGGAAUUGGCCAAAAAUCCAGGUGACAACCAGCAACAUGUACUGGCUGAGAGCAUAGGCAUCCCAAUGUGUAAAGCAAUGAUGGAGUAUAACAACGGUAACUACGUCCAAACUGUGGAACUGUUGAACCCUUUACGUUACCGCAUGGUGGACAUUGGUGGCAGUGAUGCACAGAGAGAUUUGUUCAAUCAUCUGCUCAUCCAUGCAAGCAUGAAAUCAAAGAACAAGCGUCACCAGAAACUGGCAAGGUGUCUGCUGGUGGAGCGUGAUGCCGUGAGGCCCAACUCCCCUCUGACCCAGCGUCUGAUGCAGAAAGCUCUGGCUCUUCAUGCCUAGGAUGAUUGCAAGGUGUGGGAGCAAUUCUCAUGUGAAAAACAUCAAAGUAGCCCAUAAUCGGGCGUUCUGUUGCUCGGCUUUCAUUGACUUCCAACCAGCUGGGAGAGGCUUGACACAGUUGACUAGAUAGUUGAAGUCUUUUGUGCUGAACUCUUAGUAGGUUGGUGGCCUUAUUUUAUAGAAGUACGAUACAAUCAAGAUGAGAUUUUGAAGGAAAUAAAGACCUCAAAUAUAUAAAUAGAAUUAUWCAUUAUAAACUUCAGAAAUGAUUAAAUAUUUCUUUGUAAAAAAACUGAUUUCUACAGAGCCCUACGAUGACAUUGGAUAAAAAUAAUAAACCAUGCAAACAGUUUUUUAA